AUGAGCAAUCAACCAAAUAUAGCCGUAAUUGGGGCUGGAGUGGUGGGUCUGACGGUGGCUAAGUUGGUGCAGGAACAAUUCGUUGGCUCCAAUGUCACUGUCUUCGCCGAUAAGUUCUACGAGGAAACUACAAGUCACGUAGCCGCAGGAAUAUUUCGUCCAGGUACAUCUUUUAAAGGUCCGACAGUUGAAACUACGAAAAAGUGGAUUCAUGGUUCGUGGAGAUAUUGGAAUGAUAUAUUGAAGACUCCUGAAGCUACCAAAAGUGGAGUAAAGAGUGUAUCAGCUUAUAUAUUUUCUAAGGAAAAUGAACAUGUCACCAGAAAUUAUCUUAUCGACGAUUUGUUGCCCAUUUACAGAACUAUAAACGAAUCGGAAUACAAACUCGCCCCUAAGGGUACAAAAUAUGGAUCGUAUUUUUCGACUUUGUUAAUCGAAUGCGGUCGCUAUUUACCAUAUACGGCUGACUUGAUUGUUGGAAAAGGUGCCAAGCUAGUAAAUGGUAAAAUCGAAAAUUUCGCAUCACUAUCCAAAUUUGGUAACUUUGAUUUAGUUUUUAAUUGCGCUGGUUUGGGUGCGAAAUAUUUGUGCAAUGAUCAUGAUUUAGUGCCUAUUAGGGGUCAAGUGCUCAAGGUUAAAGCGCCGUGGGUUAAAACGGCCUUUUAUGGUGACUAUGACACGUAUAUCAUCCCAGGAUUCGAUGGUAUUGUUACGUUAGGUGGGGUUAGGCAGUACGACAGUUACAAUUUAAACUACUGUCGAUUUGAUGCAGCUGCGAUUAUGGAGCGCUGUUAUGAUAUGUUGCCAAGUUUGAAGGACGCUGAGGUGGUCUCUCACAAAGUAGGUUUGCGUCCUCACAGAACUCCAGUUCGUGUUGAGGCGGAGAUUAUAAAUGGGGUGAAAGUCGUCCAUUGCUAUGGGCACGGUGGUUACGGUGUUAUGACAGCACCGGGCACGGCUCAGCAUGCUGUUGAAAUAGGACUUGAUUUACUUAAAAGCAAUAUAAAGAAUAAGUUGUAA